AUGAUGUCUUCCCCGAACCCGACCGACUCGACAAACAACGGCGGCCCUGCAGGACAGCAGGUUGCCGAGCCCGGACCGAAACACUUCACGAUUGGCGACGUGCAUCCCGACAAUGACAAGUACCGUGGCCUGACGGGCGACAUCGGGGAGCAGGAUGUGAAGCAGAAGUACUUUGAGGAGGACUUUAAGUUCGUCAUGCCGGAUCAUCUACGAAGGCCACACCAGGUCAACCCCCGAGCGGCGCCACCGGCGUCGGGCGCAUACGAACAGGGCGACUUGAACUCGACGGCCCCAUAUUCGUCCGACUUGUCGACGACACAACUGGAUGGAUCCCGCUCGACUGUCUCGGAAUCAACAGCCCAAGACAAAUCCGUGCCAGGCUCUGACGACGACGACGGUGUGAAGCAGUCGCUCGCCUUCAGAGUCGCCGGCAAGGUCGACAACUUGACAGACGCUGCACAAAAGGCCGUUAAGCAGCGACGGACGGACGACAGGAAAAAUGGGACGAUAUGUGGUCUACGGCGCAAAACCUUCUGGAUCGUGUUUAUCGUCGCUUCUCUUGUCAUCAUCGGCCUGUCCGUGGGUCUGGGUGUCGGCUUGGCCGUGGCCAACGACAACGACUACUACGCCUCCUACUACGAUGACGGCAUCGUCAAUCUCGGCAACAUCAGUACAUCUCCCGAGGCGAUCUACUUGAAUACGACGCUGUCUUCUCUGAACUUUACCGACAAAUUCGGAUAUGAUAAUAUUGUUGUAUUCUACCAACUCAAUUCGAAGGUCCUUUGCCGGUCGCUGUGGAAUUCCUCCGACGAGAAGUGGACUGCUGCAAUCGUCAGUAACGAAACCCGUGGCAUCGAAAAGGGCACGCCACUGUCCUCGAAUCUUUAUUGGUACAACGACGACAAUGGCUUUGAGGUGCGGCUGUACGCGGUCACAGAGGACAGGACACUGAACGGGUGGAUCAGCAGCUCGCACACCAACGGCAGCCUGCUCGAAUUUUGGACCAACUCGAGCAUCGCUGACGUUGACGCGGUCCCUGUGGGAGAAGGCUCAUCAAUCGUCUCCAACGGCAACGAGAACUUCGGAACGCUUGCGUUGGACAUGGUUGCGUAUCAGGACCACAAUGGCACCAUGCACCUGCUCCUAGCCAACGGGGAUACCAGCGCCCCGGCCUGGGCUGCUUCGAUCAUGCCAUUCGAUGACUAUCUACCAGCAUGGAACACCCCCAUGGCGCUGACACCUGUGUAUCAACGAGGUGAUCCCAGCUUGAGUCUUUUCUACUACAACGAAUUUGGUUAUUUGAGACAAGUUUCGAUCCACAGCGCAACAGAUGUUACCCAAGUCUAUGGUGUCGCAGAAACAGGCUCAUCAUUGCGAUACUACGAGGCCACACCAUAUACCGUCCUCGCUGCCUUCACAGCGGGCUGGAAUGAUACAUCUGACGAUCUCAAAGUUCAGGUGCUAGGCCUUGAUGGCCUGUUGUACAACUACUCUUACCAAAAUGCCUGGCUGAUGGCAUAUCAGUACGGACAGUGGGCGGCCAAGGAGUAUGUCCCCACCAUGGUGAACAACAGGAAUCCGAUGGUUUUGACUGCCAACCAAGCUGGCAGAGUGUACGGCACGAUUGUGCAGAACACGUCUGUUCUGAUCUAUGAGUGGAUGUGGGAGGGGGGCAACAGUUACAAGCCAAUAGGUGUGGUGAACACGACAUUGCCGUCGGGUUAG